AUGACAAUCCCUCCAAAAAACCAUCCUGCUCUCCUCACCCCAGGCUAUGGGCGCACAAACCUGCUCUUCUCCCCCGCCCCUGACGGCCUGGUGCCCUUCGCCAUGUCCCACUGCUCCCUCGCCCGCUUGCUUGCCUCUCUCCUCCCCUUCCCAUCCACCCCCCCACCAUCUCCCCUCCCCUCCAUCAGGGGCUACGGGCGCACCAAUCUGCUCUUUUCCCCCGCUUCGGACGGCCUGGUCCCCUUCGCCAUGACUGAUUGCUCCCUCGCCCGCCCCCACGCCUUCUCCCUCCUUGCCCACGUGCGCCAAGCCUUCCUCUCCUGCUUGCUACCCCACCCCUCUCUGGACCUCCCUCUGCCCGCCUUUGAUUGGCUGCCGAGCCUGGAGUACGACCAAGGUUCGGCACAGGCCCGGGUACAAGAGCAGCCGCCGGGCCAAGACCAGAGCUCAGGAUUGGAACGAGAGGGCACCCACGAGCCGCUGCAAGGCGAGGGACGAAUCUCCGGAUUGGAUGGAGCGUCUGCUUCGGAUGCUGCUCAAGAAGGCUCGGCCGAGGCAAGUUCAGGGUCGACUCAAAACUCGGCUCAAGAAGGCUCGGCUGAGGUACAAGAGGUGAUGCAGGAACGAGAUGAGAUUUCCACUUUUGAGAUGUCUCAAAAGUCUUCUGAAGCAGCUCAAGAAGGCUCGGCUGAGACACAAGCGGUGCUGCAGGAUGAAGGGCGAACCUCUGGGGUGGAUGAAGACGCGUCUGGCUCGGAUGCUGCUCAAGAAGGCUCGGCCGAGGCACAAGAGGUGAUGCAGGACCGAGCUGAGGUUUCCACUGCAGGAGCGCCAGGCACCGGUGUGGAUGUUACCAGUGCAGCAGUUACCAGUGCAGCAGUUACCAGUGCAGCAGUUGCGAGUGAAACAGUUAGCACUGUAGCCAUUGCCAGUGCAUCUGCCAUGAGUGUAGAUGUUACAGAUGCAGCAGCGGUUACCAGCGUAGCUGCUACGGGUGUAGGUGUUGCAGAUACAGCAGUUAGUGCAGCUGCUACGGCCGAACCAAUCACAGAGGAGCAGCAAGAGAGCCGAAAAGUUAGUGACAGUCAGCAGGCAAGGGAACAGGCUGUGGAACCCAUUGUUGCAUCUCAGCCGUUCCUCAGGCCCAUCCAACGGUCGAGAUCAUCCUGCCACUCCGCCGCCCUAUACCAGGAGCUACUGGGGCCGCAUUUAGAGUACCUAGUGUGGGUUGUUCGGGGCAAGCUCCUGCCUAAACCGCGUAUGGACCUCUAUCCAGACGCGCCGCACGCGUACCUUCUAACGAAGCGGCUUGUAACGAAUCCUGCGCUGGCAGACACGCAGGCAGGCGAGGAGACAGCAGGAGGGAGCGGGGAUUCGGAUAGGGAUGCGGAUGGGUCGGGGGCAGCAGUGGGUAUGAGUAUAAGUACCGGAAAGAAGGCGCUAAGUGCGAGAGAGAGUCUUAUGAGUGAAGUUUCUGACGCGCUAAGGGAUGUGGAGGAUGGGGAUUUGGGGGAAGCGCUGGUGGGGAGGAGGAGGGCGAGAGGACAGCCGCCGCAGGCGAGGCGGCGGCGGAGCAAAUCGGUCGGCGAGGAUCUGCUGUUCCGGAGGGAAACGGACGGUGGAGAUUCGUCCGUGGGGGAGAACAGAACUAGCGGUUCAGCAUAUUCCCUCGGCGGUGGCGGUGGCGGUGGCGGUGGCGGUGGUGGUGGUGGCGCCUGUAACGGCAGCAGGGGAGGGGAUGGGAGAGUUGGUAGGUGUAGCAGUGGGAGUGGGAGUGGGGAGGCGGAUUCAGUAGGGAGUGAGGACGAGGACCUCUGGUGCGAUUUCCCUCCCUCCAAUUCAGGCCUCAUGUAUGGCUUGGGAAGCCCCGUGGUCUCUACCAGGUCUCAGGCGUUUUCCCGAGCGGCAGGGGAUGUGUUUUCUAAGAGUGUGGUGAUGAGUGGAGCGAUGGGGAUGGGGAUGGGGAUGGGGAUGGGCAUGGGGAUGGGCAUGGGGAUAGGCAUGCAUGCUGGGAGGCCGUCGGCACAGCGGCUGAAGCUGCUGCAGUUGUCGCCGCCAUCUCUUGCUGUCUCUGCUGCGGCAGCUGGUGGUGGUGGGGGAGCAGGAGGGGCGGCCGUGGGGGCAGGGAAUGCAGGGGGGGGCUGGGCAGGUGGGGGAUUGCAACAGAUGCAGCAGCAUCAACACUACCAGCAGCAUCAGCAACAGCAGCAGCAGCAGCACGGUUUUCCUCACUCACAGGGCCAGGGUCUAGCCCCCCUAGGCCGUCCUGGUGGUCCCACGUGCUCUCCUUCCAAUGCUGCUAGCUCUGUUACUCCUCUCUCCUCCUUCCUGUCGCCGUCCCCCUCUUCCUCUCUCCCGCGCUGCCACCCCUCGGCACUAGCCGUGGCACCAGCUUGGGGUCAAGCGGCAGUGGCAGGACCGAUGGUGUCAGCAGUAGCAUCAGGAGACACGGUCUCAGCUGCGAAUCCCACAGUAGGCUUGGCAGGAGGCUUGGCAGGAGGCUUGGCAGGAGGUGCAGCAGGCUUCUCUACACGCCCUAUCGUCUUUGAGAAUGAGAUUAGCAUACCCGAGAUUUCUGCUGGUGCCAGCUCAGCAGGGACAGCUGCCAGCUCAGCAGGAGCUGAGGGGCCAGCGAGAAAACCAGCCACAGAUGCUGCAGCUGUUGCUGCCACUUCGGCUACUGAUCUUGGUGAUUUUGGCGUCAGCAAUUUUGGCGGCAGUGAUUUAUUAGGUGCAUCUCCAGGUGGGGGGGUUGUGGGGGGUGUGGGAGGUGUGGAAAGGAGUGCAUCUGGCACUGAGGCAGGUAGUUCACAGGGAUCCACCGCCAAGGACGCUUCCAAAUUCCGCCGGACCUUCUCCAAGCCUCUCUCGCCGAUGCUGCGCGGCGCAUGGAACAUCUUCCGAAGCAGCACUGCGACCGAACCUGUGGAGUCGCCUCGGACGAUGUUCAAAAGCAGCACUGCAGUUGAAGGCAUGACAACCAGUGAGGUGGCAGAUUUGGAAGUCGGCGGGGAGAACACUGCAGCUUCUGCUUCUCCUUCUCCUGCUGCUGCUCCUGCUCCUUCUCCUGCUGCUGCUGUUGCUGCCACUCCUGCUGCAGCCGCCAGUGCAGCUGUUACCGCUGGUGAAAGCACUCCUCACGUGGCGUUCGAGCACAGGCUGUCUCUAGCAGCCAUAGGCCGGCGGCGCUCCUUCGCAACCCCAGACAAAAGAAAUUCUGAAAGUUCUCGCAACAGGAGACGGUCAUACGCUGGUGGUUUUGGCGCUUUUGGAGGUGGUGGUGGUGGUGGUGGUGGUGACAUCGGUGGGGGAGGCGGCAGUGUGGAUUCGGGUAGUGGGAGCAAUCGGUGGGGUGGGCUUGCCAACAUGAAGCCUAUGUGGCCGAGUUUCCGCUCCAAGAAAGAUGCACAAGCUGAUGAUUCAUAG